UUUUUAUCUUUCAUUCAGCUAGGCCCAAACCAGAGUCACAGCGACAGAGACCUCCUCUGCUUCUGGAUCUCUCUGCCCCAGCGAGAGAAACUUCUAGAGGUCCAACCUCGACUUAAAGACCAGGAGAGCCCACCAGACCCCUGCAGGAACAUACCUAAAGAGUUCAGAGGACUAUACUCAAACUUUGAGGCCAUAAUGGCUCUGCUCUGCUACAACAAAGGCUGCGGACUCUCAUACGAUGCUGACAAGAAUAAAGACGGUGAGUUCCUGAUUUGUUUCUGUGGUUUUAAUUAAAAUAAUCAGUCCCGUCGGGGUCUGGCUGAUGAAUAAUGUUGUCGUUGAGGUCAUUUAGCUUCAGUGGAGGUAAAAAAAAACUGUUUUUAAAUGUUAAAUCAGUGCCGGAGGGGAAAUGUUUGCUUUGAUUCUCACAGAUGAGGUUUAAUUUACUGAGUUUCAGUGAUAAAAAAAAAGCAUAAAAAAGAUCGGUUAUACUGAAAAAAUGCAUGACAUACAGGCUCAAAUCAAUAAUAAUCAAAGUUAUGUUUUUGCCAAAGACUUAAGUUUCAGAAUUACCUGCUUUUUUCUGAAACUUAAGAUAUUAGCUUCAACUUUUUCUUUUUUUUUUUUUGUCUUUAGCUGAAACAAACUUUGAAGACCUAUAACUUUUUAAAAACGCAUGAAAUUUGGACUAUUUGUACUUAAGUUUACAGAAAAAUUUGCUUUCAUUUUCAAAAAUUUUGAAACUUUUUUGCUUCAACAAAAUUUUGAAAGCCCUGUGGUGAUUGAGAAGUAAGAAACUAGAAUUUUUGGGCCCAAAUUUUUGAGCAUCUUUUCUCCAAACAUGUUGUGCAACCUGAGAUUUAAAAUCAGUCUUUUAAUGUUAAAAGAUGAAACAUGAUUUAAAUGAUUUUUUAACUUCUGAACAGGAAAUAAAAUCUGAACGUGUCUGUUUUGGUGUGAGGUGGUACUAAAGUGGUUGUAGCUUUGGGUUUAGCUUAGCAUAGCAUGUGUAGAGAACCAUGUGUCCGUAUCUAUCUUCCUGGAAGCCGGCUUCCUUUUAUGGGACGCGGUGACCCCCCACCCCGAACAGCUGGUCCCCUCCUCUGACUCGUAGUUAAAGUCCCACAUUCAGACUCACAGCUUCUUUCGUUUCUCCUCCAAAGACUCCUGCAUCUUUCACCCAGGUGUCCCCAUCUUCCACGACGCUCUGAAGGUAACGAUAAAAAGUGGAAAAAGUUAACCAACGAAGACUUUUAUUCAGCCGGUAAAAGAAAAUCAAAUGUUUGAGCUUGUUUCGUUUCAGGGUUGGUCGUGCUGUAGGAAAAGGACAACAGACUUCUCAGAGUUUCUCUCCAUCAAGGUAAAAGUACAGGGUCGAACACAAACCUGCUCUUUUAUUCCUUAUUAAAAAAAGUCUAAUCAUAAAAAGCAGCAGUCAGAACUUCUUUAAUAUCAGUAAAGAGUAAGAGUAUUAGUAAGGAGUAUUAGGGCAACGUUAAGAAAAGUAAAAAUUUAGACCUCGGAAUUACUAAUGAGAAUUAAGUCGUAUUAAAUUAAUUACUUACGGGAAUAAAAUUGUAAUGAAAUUAUUACUUUUGGGAUUAAGUCGCAAUAGAAUAAUUUCUGACAGGAAUAAAGUCGUAAUAAAAUAAUUACUCAUGAAAAAAAAGUCGUAAUAAAAUCAUUACUUACGGGAAUAAAGUUAUAGUAAUAUAAUUACUCCUAAGAAUAAAGUAGUAAUGAAAUUAUUACUUUUGAGAAUAAAGUCAUAAUAAUAUCAUUUCUUACAGGAAUAAUGUUGUAAUUAAAUAAUUACGAGAAAAAAAAGUCGUAAUAAUAUCAAUACUUAUCGGAAUAAAGUUGUGGUAAAAUAAUUACUUAUGAGAAUAAAGUCGUAAUAAAAUAAUUUCUUACAAGAAUAAAAGUCGUUGUAAAAUAAGAUAAGAUAAUAAGACAAAAUAAUCGUAAGUAAUUCCGAGGUCUAAAUUUUUUUCUUUUCUUAAUGUGGCCCUAAUGCUCCAUCAUAUGAAAGUAAUUUCUUUAUUACGACUUUAUUCUCCUAAGUAAUUACUUUAUUACAACUUUAUUCCUGUAAGAAAUGAUUUUAUUAUGAUUAUUCUUAUAAGUAAUUAUUUGACCAUGACUUAUUCUUGUAAGUAAUUCUGAGGUCUAAAGUUUUUUCUUAAUGUGGCCCUAAUACUCUGUUGUUGAAUGUUCUUGGGUAAGUAAGAUGGUUUUUUUUUGGCAAAUGUAAUACGUCAAACGUACAAAGUGCCAAUAAAGUAAAACACCAAUGUAAAAGUUUAGUAAAUAAUUUGUCUUACACUAAUAAAUCCACAGUGACCGUUACAAAACAAACCAUUUUUGACUAAAACGGUCCUGACUGAACCGACAGCUAUCACUUUUCAGCAUGUUAGAAAAGAAAUAUUUUGAUUUCAGGGUUGCACUCGCGGUCGCCAUAGCAACGAGAAACCUCAGGAGCCCCUGCGGCCGGAGGUGAUUUCAGACAAGGCAGAAGUCAAACACGCCAACGGUCCCGAGAUCAUCUACCAGGGACCCAAGUCUGCUGAGACGCUCCAGAAGGAGAGACCCAGGUUAGUGUGAUUUUUUGUGUAUCUGUGUGUCCGGUACAGGAUCUUGUUACUUAAAUUUAGAUAUUGAUGAUUUUUUAUGUCCAGGUUUGUACAAGGACACACAAAGCAUUCCUGGAAACCAGCAAAAAUAUAAGCAGUCUCAGAAAUCAUCAUUUGAGAGCUAACCUCUCAGUAAAAUUAUGAUUAAUUUCACACAACUUUCAACUUUCCCAUUAUCUUUAAAUCCACAAUAAUUACUUUGACAAAUGAGGCUACAGACAAUUGACUUGCUCUUUAGAGAUAAAUAAAGUUUUUCUUCUUCUCCUUCUUCUUCUACUUUUCUCUGUUUGUGUUACAUUUUUUGCGUGUUUUUUAUUUUCUUUGUAUACAGUUCGGACGAGCCACGGAUCAAACUGCCCCUCAAAGUGUCGGCCUCUCUGUCUCAGGCUCUGGAGAAACUUGAUAUCAGCAAAAAAGCAGAAAUAGAAAAGAAAGGUCAGUGUGUGUUUGAUAAUGACGCAUUCAGGUGGUAAGAGAUUGAUUUCAAAUUCAACAGAUUUGUGUUUUUUCAUACUUUUUUACAAAUUUAAUAAUUUUUACAAAAUCAAAAAAAAUUUUUUGCCAUAGCAUAGCAAUAGAAAAAAUUUUAGUCUGGAAAAAAAAAUGUCAUAGUAUACUAUGACCAAAAUUUCAAAUUUUAGUGUGAAAAAAAAAUUCUUAUUUUAGGAUGAAAACAGAUGCCAUAGUAUAGUCUGAUCAUAAUGCCAUAGUGUAGCAUGUUAAAAAUGUCAAAUUUUAGUGGAAAAUAAAAAAAUCAUAUUUUAGUCUGGAAAAAAAACAUCAUAGUAUACUAUGACCAAAAUUUCAAAUUUUAGUGAAAAAAAAAAUCUCUGAUUUCAGGAUGAAAAAACAUGUAAUAGUAUAGUCUGAUCAUAAUGCCAUAGUGUAGCAUGUUAAAAAUGUCAUAUUUUAGCAGAAAUAAAAAUAAUCAUAUUUUAGUCUGGAAAAAAAACGUCAUAGUAUACUAUGACCAAAAUAACAGAAUUUAGUGUAAAAAUUUUUUUUCUGAUUUUAGGAUGAAAAAACAUGCCAUAGUAUAGUCUGAUCAUAAUGCCAUGGUAUAGCAUGUUAAAAAUAUCAUGUUUUGGCCUGAAAAAAAAUAAUCAUAUUUUAGUCUGGAAAAAACGUCAUAGUAUACUAUGACCAAAAUUUCAAAUUUUAUUGUGAAACAUAAUUUCUGAUUUUAGGAUGAAAAAAUAUGCCAUAGUAUAGUCUGAUCAUAACGCCAUAGUGUAGCAUGUUAAAAAUGUCAUAUUUUAGCAGAAAUAAAAAUAAUAAUAUUUUAGUCUGGGAAAAAAAACGUCAUAGUAUACUAUGACCAAAAUGUCAGAUUUUAGUGUAAAAAAUAAUUUCUGAUUUUAGGAUGAAAAAACAUGCAAUAGUAUAGUCUGAUCAUAAUGCCAUGGUAUAGCAUGUUAAAAAUAUCACAUCUUAGCCUGAAAAAAAAAAUCAUAUUUUAGUCUGGAAAAAAAAACAUCAUAGUAUACUAUGACCAAAAUGUCAGAUUUUAGUGUAAAUUUUUUUAUCUGAUUUUAGGAUGAAAAAACAUGCAAUAGUAUACUCUGAUCAAAAAGCCAUGGUAUAGCAUGUUAAAAAUAUCACAUUUUAGCCUGAACAUUUUUUUUCAUAUUUAAGUCUGGAAAUAUACUAUGACCAAAGUUUCAUAUUUUAGUGAAAAAAAAAAUCUCUGAUUUUAGGAUGAACUAGAAAGGCACCCAGAGAGCUCAGACUUCCGCCAAGCAGCUCAUGUCCCCCCUUUAACAAGAAAUUCCCUGACAGGGAUUAGGACCCAUGACCUUCGGUUUGUGAGGCAACAGUGCUAACCACUGCACCACUGUGCCACCUAUGUACACCACUGGUUUCAGGAUGUAAAAACAUGCAAUGGUAUACUUUAGUGAAAAUGCCAUAGUAUAGUAUGUUGAAAACGUCGAAUUUUAGUCUGGAAAAAAAAAAUCAUAUUUAGUCUGGGAAAAAAACGUCAUAGUAUACUAUGACCAAAAUUUCAAAUUUUAGUGUGAAACAUAAUUUCUGAUUUUCGGAUGAAAAAACAUGCCAUAGUAUAGUCUGAUCAUAAUGCCAUAGUGAAGCAUGUUAAAUUUGUCAUAUUUUAGCAGAAAAUAAAAAAAUCAUAUUUUAGUCUGGGGAAAAAACGUCAUAGUAUACUAUGACCAAAAUUUCAAAUUUUAGUGAAAAAAAGAAAUUCUUAUUUUAGGAUGAAAAAACAUGCCAUAGUAUAGUCUGAUCAUAAUGCCAUAGUGUAGCAUGUUAAAAAUGUCAAAUUUUAGCGGAAAAUAAAAAAAAUCAUAUUUUAGUCUGGAAAAAAAACGUCAUAGUAUACUAUGACCAAAAUGUCAGAUUUUAGUGUAAAAAAAAAUCUCUGAUUUUAGGAUGAAAAAACAUGUAAUAGUAUAGUCUGAUCAAAAUGCCAUCUUAUAGUCUGUUUAAAAUGUCCUAUUUAAGCCUGAAUAAAAAUUUCAAAUUUUAAUCUGGAAAAAAAAAAGUCAUAGUAUACUAUGACCAAAAUGUCAGAAUUUAGUGUAAAAUUUUUUUUUCUGAUUUUAGGAUGAAAAAACAUGCCAUAGUAUAGUCUGAUCAUAAUGCCAUGGUAUAGCAUGUUAAAAAUAUCAUAUUUUAGCCUGAAAAAAAAAAUCAUAUUUUAGUCUGGAAAAAAAAACAUCAUAGUAUACUAUGACCAAAAUUACAGAUUGUAGUGUAAAUUUUUUUUUCUGAUUUUAGGAUGAAAAAACAUGCAAUAGUAUACUCUGAUCAAAAAGCCAUGGUAUAGCAUGUUAAAAAUAUCACAUUUUAGCCUGAACAUUUUUUUUCAUAUUUUAGUCUGGAAAUAUACUAUGACCAAGGUUUCAUAUUUUAGUGAAAAAAAAAAUCUCUGAUUUUAGGAUGAACUAGAAAGGCACCCAGAGAGCUCAGACUUCUGCCAAGCAGCUCAUGUCCCCCCUUUAACAAGAAAUUCCCUGACAGGGAUUAGAACCCAUGACCUUCGGUUUGUGAGGCAACAGUGCUAACCACUGCACCACUGUGCCACCUAUGUACACCACUGGUUUCAGGAUGUAAAAACAUGCAAUGGUAUACUUUAGUGAAAAUGCCAUAGUAUAGUAUGUUGAAAACGUCGAAUUUUAGUCUGGAAAAAAAAAAUCAUAUUUAGUCUGGGAAAAAAACGUCAUAGUAUACUAUGACCAAAAUUUCAAAUUUUAGUGUGAAACAUAAUUUCUGAUUUUCGGAUGAAAAAACAUGCCAUAGUAUAGUCUGAUCAUAAUGCCAUAGUGAAGCAUGUUAAAUUUGUCAUAUUUUAGCAGAAAAUAAAAAAAUCAUAUUUUAGUCUGGGGAAAAAACGUCAUAGUAUACUAUGACCAAAAUUUCAAAUUUUAGUGAAAAAAAGAAAUUCUUAUUUUAGGAUGAAAAAACAUGCCAUAGUAUAGUCUGAUCAUAAUGCCAUAGUGUAGCAUGUUAAAAAUGUCAAAUUUUAGCGGAAAAUAAAAAAAUCAUAUUUUAGUCUGGAAAAAAAACGUCAUAGUAUACUAUGACCAAAAUGUCAGAUUUUAGUGUAAAAAAAAAAUCUCUGAUUUUAGGAUGAAAAAACAUGUAAUAGUAUAGUCUGAUCAAAAUGCCAUCUUAUAGUCUGUUUAAAAUGUCCUAUUUAAGCCUGAAUAAAAAUUUCAAAUUUUAAUCUGGAAAAAAAAAAGUCAUAGUAUACUAUGACCAAAAUGUCAGAAUUUAGUGUAAAAUUUUUUUUUCUGAUUUUAGGAUGAAAAAACAUGCCAUAGUAUAGUCUGAUCAUAAUGCCAUGGUAUAGCAUGUUAAAAAUAUCAUAUUUAAACCUGAAAAAAAAAAUCAUAUUUUAGUCUGGAAAAAAAAACAUCAUAGUAUACUAUGACCAAAAUUACAGAUUGUAGUGUAAAUUUUUUUUUCUGAUUUUAGGAUGAAAAAACAUGCAAUAGUAUACUCUGAUCAAAAAGCCAUGGUAUAGCAUGUUAAAAAUAUCACAUUUUAGCCUGAACAUUUUUUUUCAUAUUUUAGUCUGGAAAUAUACUAUGACCAAGGUUUCAUAUUUUAGUGAAAAAAAAAAUCUCUGAUUUUAGGAUGAACUAGAAAGGCACCCAGAGAGCUCAGACUUCUGCCAAGCAGCUCAUGUCCCCCCUUUAACAAGAAAUUCCCUGACAGGGAUUAGAACCCAUGACCUUCGGUUUGUGAGGCAACAGUGCUAACCACUGCACCACUGUGCCACCUAUGUACACCACUGGUUUCAGGAUGUGAAAACAUGCAAUGGUAUACUUUAGUGAAAAUGCCAUAGUAUAGUAUGUUGAAAACGUCAAAUUUUAGUCUGGAAAAAAAAAAUCAUAUUUAGUCUGGGAAAAAAAACGUCAUAGUAUACUAUGACCAAAAUGUCAGAAUUUAGUGUAAAUUUUUUUUUUCUGAUUUUAAGAUGAAAAAACAUGCCAUAGUAUACUCUGAUCAUAAUGCCAUAGUGAAGCAUGUUAAAUUUGUCAUAUUUUAGCAGAAAAUAAAAAAAUCAUAUUUUAAUCUGGGGAAAAAACGUCAUAGAAUACUAUGACCAAAAUUUCAAAUUUUAGUGAAAAAAAAAAUUUCUUAUUUUAGGAUGAAAAAACAUGCCAUAGUAUAGUCUGAUCAUAAUGCCAUAGUGUAGCAUGUUAAAAAUGUCAAAUUUUAGCGGAAAAUAAAAAAAUCAUAUUUUAGUCUGGAAAAAAAACGUCAUAGUAUACUAUGACCAAAAUUUCAGAUUUUAGUGUAAAAAAAAAAUCUCUGAUUUUAGGAUGAAAAAACAUGUAAUAGUAUAGUCUGAUCAAAAUGCCAUCUUAUAGUCUGUUUAAAAUGUCCUAUUUAAGCCUGAAUAAAAAUUUCAAAUUUUAGUCUGGAAAAAAAACGUCAUAGUAUACUAUGACCAAAAUGUCAGAUUUUAGUGUAAAAUUUUUUUUCUGAUUUUAGGAUGAAAAAACAUGCCAUAGUAUAGUCUGAUCUUAAUGCCAUGGUAUAUCAUGUUAAAAAUAUCAUAUUUAAACCUGAAAAAAAAAAUCCUAUUUUAGUCUGGAAAAAAAACAUCAUAGUAUACUAUGACCAAAAUUACAGAUUGUAGUGUAAAUUUUUUUUUCUGAUUUUAGGAUGAAAAAACAUGCAAUAGUAUACUCUGAUCAAAAAGCCAUGGUAUAGCAUGUUAAAAAUAUCACAUUUUAGCCUGAACAUUUUUUUUCAUAUUUUAGUCUGGAAAUAUACUAUGACCAAGGUUUCAUAUUUUAGUGAAAAAAAAAAUCUCUGAUUUUAGGAUGAACUAGAAAGGCACCCAGAGAGCUCAGACUUCUGCCAAGCAGCUCAUGUCCCCCCUUUAACAAGAAAUUCCCUGACAGGGAUUAGAACCCAUGACCUUCGGUUUGUGAGGCAACAGUGCUAACCACUGCACCACUGUGCCACCUAUGUACACCACUGGUUUCAGGAUGUGAAAACAUGCAAUGGUAUACUUUAGUGAAAAUGCCAUAGUAUAGUAUGUUGAAAACGUCAAAUUUUAGUCUGGAAAAAAAAAAUCAUAUUUAGUCUGGGAAAAAAAACAUCAUAGUAUACUAUGACCAAAAUUUCAAAUUUUAGUGAAAAAAAAAAUCUCUGAUUUUAGGAUGAAAAAACAUGCCAUAGUAUAGUCUGAUCAUCAUGCCAUAGUGUAGCAUGUUAAAAAUGUCAUAUUUUAGCAGAAAUAAAAAAAUCAUAUUUUAGUCUGGAAAAAAAACGUCAUAGUAUACUAUGACCAAAAUGUCAGAAUUUAGUGUAAAAAUUUUUUUUCUGAUUUUAAGAUGAAAAAACAUGCCAUAGUAUACUCUGAUCAUAAUGCCAUGGUAUAGCAUGUUAAAAAUAUCAUGUUUUGGCCUGAAAAAAAAUAAUCAUAUUUUAGUCUGGAAAAAAAUGUCAUAGUAUACUAUGACCAAAAUUUCAAAUUUUAGUGUGAAACAUAAUUUCUGAUUUUAGGAUGAAAAAACAUGCCAUAGUAUAGUCUGAUCAUAAUGCCAUAGUGUAGCAUGUUAAAUAUGUCAUAUUUUAGCAGAAAUAAAAAUAAUCAUAUUUUAGUCUGGAAAAAAACAGGUCAUAGUAUAUAUACUAUGACCAAAAUGUCAGAUUUUAGUGUAAAAAAAAAAAUUCUGAUUUUAGGAUGAAAAAACAUGUAAUAGUAUAGUCUGAUCAAAAUGCCAUCUUAUAGUCUGUUUAAAAUGUCCUAUUUAAGCCUGAAUAAAAAUUUCAAAUUUUAGUCUGGAAAAAAAAAAGUCAUAGUAUACUAUGACCAAAAUGUCAGAUUUUAGUGUGAAAAAACAAUUUCUGAUUUUAGGAUGAAAAAACAUGCAAUAGUAUACUCUGAUUAAAAAGCCAUGGUAUAGCAUGUUGAAAAUAUCACAUUUUAGCCUGAAAAAAAAAAUCUUAUUUUAGUCUGGAAAAAAAACGUCAUAGUAUACUAUGACCAAAAUUUCAAAUUUUAGUGAAAAAAAAAAUCUCUUAUUUUCGGAUGAAAAAACAUGCCAUAGUAUAGUCUGAUCAUAAUGCCAUAGUGUAGCAUGUUAAAAUUGUCAUAUUUUAGCAGAAAUAAAAAUAAUCAUAUUUGAGUCUGGAAAAAAAAAAGUCAUAGUAUACUAUGACCAAAAUGUCAGAAUUUAGUGUAAAAAAUUUUUUUCUGAUUAUAGGAUGAAAAAACAUGCCAUAGUAUAGUCUGAUCAUAAUGCCAUGGUAUAGCAUGUUAAAAAUAUCACAUUUUAGCCUGAAAAAAAAAUCAUAUUUUAGUCUGGAAAAAAACGUCAUAGUAUACUAUGACCAAAAUUUCAAAUUUUAGUGAAAAAAAAAAUCUCUUAUUUUCGGAUGAAAAAACAUGCCAUAGUAUAGUCUGAUCAUAAUGCCAUGGUAUAGCAUGUUAAAAAUAUCACAUUUUAGCCUGAAAAAAAAAUCAUAUUUUAGUCUGGAAAAAAAACGUCAUAGUAUACUAUGACCAAAAUUUCAAAUUUUCGUGAAAAAGAAAAUCUCUAUUUUAGGAUGAAAAAACAUGUAAUAGUAUAGUCUGAUCAUAAUGCCAUAGUGUAGCAUGUUAAAUAUGUCAUAUUUUAGCAGAAAUAAAAAUAAUCAUAUUUUAGUCUGGAAAAAAACGUCAUAGUAUACUAUGACCAAAAUGUCAGAUUUUCGUGAAAAAAAAAAUCUCUGAUUUUAGGAUGAAAAAACAUGUAAUAGUAUAGUCUGAUCAUAAUGCCAUAGUAUAGCAUGUUAAAAAUAUCAUAUUUUAGCAGAAAUAAAAAAAACAUAUUUUAGUCUGGAAAAAAAACAAAGUAUACUAUGACCAAAAUUUCAAAUUUUAGUGUGAAACAUAAUUUCUGAUUUUAGGAUGAAAAAACAUUAAAUAGUAUAGUCUGAUCAUAAUGCCAUCCUAUAGUCUGUUUAAAAUGUCCUAUUUAAGCCCGAAUGAAAUUUUCAAAUUUUAGUAUGGACCAAAAUUUCAGAUUUUAGUGUGAAAAAAGAAUCUCGGAUUUUCAGCAGAAUAAUUCAUCUAGUUCACAAAUUAGUUUGCAGAGAGUGACCCAGUUUGUGUUUUUAAUCUGAUUUUACAUUUUUUGUCUUUAUAUCCCUACAGAGAGUGAGAUCGUGAUCGGGACACGAUGCAAGAAUUCAGGAUGCAAAACAGUGAGUGUCACUUCAUCAUCACUGUAAUUAAAUUGUAAUCAUUAUUACAACUUUUGAUUCCAUUCUUCUGUCAAACAACAUCUACCAUCAUCACACACUGAAGCUGCUCUCUUUGAGUGCAGUUCAGUUUUUUUCCUGUUCCUGGGGUCUGUAAGGCUUUUUAAUGGCUCCAUCUAGUGGAUAAACUCAGAAAACAACAUGCACAACCUCUGAAUUUGCUUUGACAGUUUGUAGACAUGCCUAACUCCCCAAACGUUUCUUUAAUAAUACAUAAAAAUAACUGACAUGAUAUUACUUAAAAAUGUAAAACAGUAAAGUGAGUGUUUUUUUGGUAGAGAAACAGACUGAAUUAACAUUUUUGCCUCUUAAUGACCUUCAAAAGUAAACAAGACCCUCAGGCACAAUGUUGAUCAUUUUCUUUCUGGUGAAAUUUUGUCUGAAUUCCAGUUUGAUGAACAAAAAAAAAAAAGAGACAUUAUCAUUCAAGAAUCAUAGAUUAACCAGUAAACUCCCAUCUGUUUCUCUUUAUUGAUCAUAAGCUUCGUAUUUGUGUACUCAGAUGUUUCAGGGCCCAGAGACGAACAACGAGGUCUGCACCCACCACCCUGGAGGCCCCGUCUUCCAUGAAGGGUAGGACCCAGACCCACUCAACUGCACAUUUGUUGCAGUUGAGUGUUGGUGCAUUAACCACUCCAACAGAAUCAUAAUUACAAUCUCUGUUUUUACAUUUUCUUUUCUGUUUUUUUCCACAUCAUAAUUGGAGGGCUGCUACAAAGACGACACACAAACAAAACAAAGUGAAGGCCGUGUUAGCGAAAUAAGAAACAUGAAAGUUUAAGAUAAAAAUAAAAGAUCUGACGACUCAUUAAAGAUCAGUCGGUAAAAACAGAUCUGCAGCUCUACAAACAGACUUUAGAAGUGAACUAAAGGGAGCUUCUCUUUUAAUCACAUUUUAAAGAAAAAACACAACAAGAGCGUCAGUCCAACAUUAGUUUAGAUAUCUGCUGCUUGUUUAAUUUGUGCUUUCUAUAAAAAAAUCAGUUGAGCUGCACAAGUUGAACUUUAAUGCCUAUUUUUGAUGACCUUUUUCCAUUAUUUGGUGCCUCGUUGGGGUCAUUUCAUAUGUUUUUAUAAACCUUUGUUUGCAAUAUGUUAGCAAUAAUUUUUUGGAAAUUGUUUGGAAUUUUCAGAAAAUGCCUUUAAAAAAUUUUAGGGAAUUUUUGGAAACUUCUUGGAUAUUUUGACCAGUGGUCCAGAAACCUUUAUUGAAAACCGUUAAAACGAAUUUUCAUGAGCUAUGUUCACUUCAUUUUUAUGUUUUUUUUUUGUGGCUGUUUUAUUGUGUUCCCUCGUUUCCUCCCAAACAGUCAUAUUUAGUUUUUUGUUGUUGGUUUUUAGGUACAAAUACUGGAGCUGCUGCUGCAUCAAGACAAUAGACUUCAAUGCUUUCCUCGACCAGAAGGGCUGCAGCACAGGGAAACACCGCUGGGUGCCAAAGCAGGUAGUUAAAAAAACAGUCUAACCGAGUCUCUAGGUAGAACUAAAGCUGACAGAGUUAGGACAUUAAAUUUCUGAUCUAUCGUUGCUGUUCUUUGUAUAUAUGUGAUAUUAUUUUGGGAGGUCAGUGAUCCCUGUCGGCUGAGUAAUGUGUGUUUUACUUUGUGUUUUUACAGGACAAGAAGAAGGUGGCGUGUCGACACGACUGGCACCAAACAGGAAAUAAUGUUGUUGUAACGAUUUAUGCCAAGAAUGCACAUCCAGAUAUGAGCUGCAUAGAGGCUAACAGGACCGUGGUGAGUUGGCAUGCUGUUUAUUAAAACAUUCAAUAUGAGUAACUAAAAGAAGCUUCAGAAAGCAGUAAGAAAAUUUUAAUAAUGCCAACAUUCACGUCUUAAAGACAAAACUUACCUCUCUCAUUUUUUCCGUUAAGCUCUCCUGUCAAAUCCAGUUUGAGGACAACAAGAUUUUCAAGAGAGAAUUCCACUUCUGGGGGGUUAGUACGAGUAAAAUUGUAUCUGCAGUUGGUGUAAGAUUAGCUUAAUUGAUGAUAAGUUGUAUUUAUUUUUAUCUGCAGCCAUUAAAAAGUUUUAGGAUUCUGACUAAUUUAAGUUUUCAACUUCUUAUGAACAAAAGCUGCAACAUUAGAAUUUAACAACUGUUCGAAAGUAUCAUAUAACGAACAAAAAGGCGCCACGUUUGAACUAUUUCAAACGGAGGUAGCUAACAGAAAUGAUAGCUCGCUAAUUUAGCUCGCCAACAUUCCUCUUAGCCAACCAAUAGAAACUGGUUUUUGAUUGUUAAUUUCUUCCGUAUUUGGCCAUCCAGAUGGAAUCAUUCCUAAUGUUAUAAGACUAUUAGACAUCGUCAUAAAGACCACAAAAGUCUUGAACAAGGUUUUACUUUAGGUUUGAUACCUUAAUCCUUAAAGUUCAAUCCUUUACUUUGACUUUUCUGAUUUUCAGGUCAUCAACGUGAAGCAAAGCUCGGUCAACAUGGUCCCGUCUAAAGUAGAGAUCAUCCUCCGUAAAGCCGAUCAGGUGGCCUGGGGCAAACUGGAGGAUCCGAACUACAAACCUGAACCCGAGCCCACAGAGGACACCGAAGCCCAAGAGGCUGUCCAGGCCAACUGGGACAUCGACGACGACGACAUCAGCGACUCAGACGAGGAGUGGGCCUACGACGUGCCGUCGAAGAAGAAAACAGAGGAGGAGAAGAAACAGGAGCAGAAGAACGAGGAGAUGAAGAGGAAGGAGGUCGAGGAGGAGAUGAAGAGGGCAGCGGAGGAGAGGAGGAAGGCGGAGGAGGAGAGGAAGAGGAUGGAGGAGCAGAGACGGCAAGAGGAGGAGAGCGGAGAUUUCGACGAUAUGCCAGACUUAGAGUAACUUCACUGAAAGACGGUGUGGGUUUAGUUUGAUUUAGAAGAAAAAUUGAUAAGAAUUUUUGUAAUGAAGUAAAGUUAAUGUUUAUUUCUGGAACAAUUACACUCAGAUUAAAAUCUUUAAACCCAAAAGUUCGAGAAAAUGUGAACCUUCCCCACAUUUUUACUACUGCGGACAUCAUUUUUGAAUCUGUUGGAGCGACUUUACAAAUGUUCGUGAACAAACUCUCGAUUCUUUAUUGAUUUAAUUUAAGCAACAUUUCCUUUAAAAGGUCAAUAAAAUCCAAAACAACUGUAUUCAACUCAAGCUGAAGAAAUAAAGACAUCUUUGUACCAGUUUUUCUGUCUUUAUCUGUUUUGAACAAAGAGCUAAAUAUCAGGAGUACAAAUGCCCGAUCAAUCGUUGUUAGGCGAGGCACGUCCUCCACAUUUAGGCCUCGAGAUUAAGAUUAAUGACUCAUCAUAAAGUCUAAUGAAUCACUGGAGUAUUCGCCGCUGUUACGGGCUGCAGUUGUAAACAAAACAUUUUGCCUUUAGCUCAUGAGUCACUCUGAAAUUGUAUUUCCACACAUUGUUUUUUUCUGAGAAUUAGCCUCAAACACACCUACGCCGUGUUACUCACUGACCGGCUUUACUACGGGCAGAGAGAGAUUGAUACGUGCGGCGUGUGGGUGUAAUUGUUCAGAACAAGCAGGUUUAGUUCUGACUGAGAUCGGAGUUGUAACAGCUCAGUGGGAUUUAAAUGAAGUGCUUGUUGGAUGAGGAGGUUAACACGAGUCUUUGUAAAGGUUUGUGUGAUUUAUCGACUAAUAUUGGACUUAAUCAGACGCAACGUAAGACAGAUGUACCGCGCAAAGGGCUGCCAGCGUUGACACAUAAAUCGUGGUUCAGUUUGUGUUUGGAAUUAACGUCUUUGCCUAGUUUGGUUCCUUUUGGCACACUGUCGACAUUAAAGAGAUAUUCCGGCAUAAAAUUAAUUUAGGGCCAAACACACCGUAACACCGAGUUAGACACCCCCUCGAGAGAUGAAUGUUGUCGACCGCUUACUUCUCUAGUUAUACCAACUUUAGUAACAACCACACGAUAGCAAUACACAGCGGUCUGAGGAGCCAUGAACAAACCUCAACCAAAACGCCACUC